GUAAAGUUAUAACGUAUAAAAGGAAACAGGAAAACGAAGAUUCAUGGAGUAGUAAAUGUUUUAGAUGAGCUUACGCAUUGUAACCACGCAAUGAAUUUAAAUUUGGUUAUGAUAUCUUAAAGUUAAAGUAGGUAAGCUUACUUAUCACGAAGGAAUAUUAUAUUAGGCUUAGGCUUUCGACGAACAACUUUCGACGUUCGACUUUUCACUUCACUUUACUUUAUUACUUCAGUGUCACUUUAGACUUAGACUAUUUUAAUUUUAGGCUAGUCUCUAGUCUUUACUAACGCUUUACUAACUUUAGCCUACUCUGCUAGGCCUAGGCUUAGGCUAAGUUGUAAUUGUAAGUUACCGAGACGAGUAAAAAAGUACUGUAAGGUAGGUUUCGUACUUUGCCGUACCCUACUGAACGGAACUAAAUCACACUACUUUCUGAUAACACAAGUAUUUCAUAACAGUCAUAGACAUAGGGCAUAGGUCAUAGACAAUCACAAAGAGAAGAGAGGGGACAAAAUUCACUUAUGACAAAAAUGUAUAGGGUAUCCGGUAGGCCUAUGGACUAUGGCUUAUGCCUAUGCCUAUAGCCUUUAUUAUACUAUAUUAAAUAAAAGUGAAAAUUUGUUUGUGGGUUUGUUUGAGUUUGAGGCACAUGAAAUACUCACACUCACAUACAUGAUACAUGAUACAUAAUAACAUAUCUACAUUAGUCUACAUGCUGUGAUGGAUCUUGACCAAAAUUUGAACAUAUUAUAUAUCCAUCAUUAAUCAUUAUCCGGAAGGAACUCUUGGGAUUUUUUAAACUUUAAAAUAUAUUUUGUUUGGGGCCGGGGGCCCUGAAUUCAUUUUUUUUCUUUAUAUGAGGUAUAUAAAUAUUACAAUUAUAAAUAAAAUAACCAACAAAUACUCCUAAAUGAAUUGAUGGAUCUUGACCAACCUAGUACACAUACACAUGAUUAUGCAUAUUCAAAUACAGAAGGGUACUGAACUCAUAAUAUCCAUUUCUCUGGGGCCCCGUUUCAUUUUUCCUUAUUUAAGCUAUAUAAAUAUCAAUAUUAUUUUUAUAUGUGUAGACAACACUAUAAGUUCUAUAUGAAUUGAUGGCUCCAGGCCUAGCUUUGUAGCAACAUCAUCAUUGUCUGUAUUGAAAUAUCGGUGGAGUGAAAACUAAUAAUAUCCAAUCCAUUCAGGGCCAGUCUAGACUUUUUUAGAAAGUUCAGUUAUUUAAAAAUGUUAGAUCUAUGGCAUUUUAUUUUACAGAUUUUAAUGGGUUAACUUUUAAAUUUUAACUUUGUUAUUUAUCUGACUGAUUUUUAUAGGCCUCCCUAUCUCAGGCAAAACUAAAUCAGUCUACAAUCAUGGAAUGGGCCCCCGUCUGCGACCCUCUUUCAACUUAAAUUAACUAUAGUUAUAAUAGAGCAUUACAUUGUUUAAUUUUUGGUAUUCGAAUAUAAUUACAUAGAAAAAUCAUUUUUUACACAUUUUGAGGAGGAUAUUAAAUUUAAUCUAGAAAGUUCCAGAAAGUUUUAUAUUGUUAGAUCUAUACGGAAAUAUAAAAAUGGGAUCUAAAAGCUUUUUUAAAUGUUAGUUUAGUUCUGUUAAUUUUUAUACUAUCGGGAUCCCACUAAGAUCAGGAUACCACUGGGUUCAGGAUACUAACUUGAUUGGGAUCCCACCGGGAUCAGGAUACCGAUGGGAUUGGGAAACUACUGGCAACUGGAAACACCGGGAAUGUGAUCCGAUUUGGAAACAUCUCAUCGGUAAGGGAUUACAUAGGGAUCCCAUCAGGAUAUGGAAUCCCUUAGGGAUUGGGGUAUGGAAUCCCACUUAGAAACGGGAUUCUAUUUGGGAUCAGUGAAGGGAUCCCAUUUAGAUAGGGAUCCUUUUGGGAUCGGCAAACCCGGACCACGCCGGGUAUAUUGGCUGGUAUAAUGUACUGUAUACUAAACAUUUUAGGCUGCUGCUAUUCGGACCUGGGAUUAUAUGUUUGUAAAUGGUUGUUUGUAAAUCCGAAUAAUAAAGGAUGUUUGUAAAUCCGAAUAGCCAUUUAGAGCUGCUAUUUGGACUCGGGUCCCAUUAGACUAAAUGGCUAUUUGUAUGUCAUUUUUCGUAGUGUAUUUUAGUUAAACUGAAGAAGUAAGUUUACAAACAUAUAGUCCAUUCAAUUAUCUUUCAUUUGAUACCAAAUUUUGUCCUACAAACCCAACAAUAAUAUUUUAAAUAUUUUUUAAUAAAACCAACUUCUCACCCUUUUUUGGGUCCGAAUAGCCACUUCAUACAUUUUAAAGUCAAUGUUCUUAAAUUGUUUAGUUUGCAAGUGCCCAAACACUUAACAAUGAGGAUGAGUAACAACUGGCCUUAGUUAACAAUGAGUAACAUUAUUAUUAAGUUAAGUUUAAGAGUACUAUAACUAAAAUAACUAGCUUUAAAAAAAUAUUUUACCCCCCUCCCCCCCACAAUCUGUCACAAAUCUUAGACACUGCGCCCCCCCCCCCAAUUAAAUUAUAUCACAAUUUUAACUUAACUUAAACUAUUGUUUAAACAAUAACAGCUUCUUAAAAAAAAAAUUUUACCCCCCCCCCCCCCCCAAACUUUCACAAAUCUUAGACCCUGCGCCCCCCCCCCCCCAAUUAAAUUAUAUCACAAUUUUAACUUAACUUAAACUAUUGUUUAAACAAUAACAGCUAUUUAAAAUUUAGUUUAAAACUACAACAUACGAAUUUGUGACGCUUCGUGACGGGGAGAGAGGGGCCUUUAAAGGUAAUUUUUAGCGUGACAUAAUUCAAUUCACGAAUGACCCUUUACUAAGGACAGAAAUUUAAACGUUACUGUAAUUGACAUUUUAUUUGUAUGAUAAAAAAUAUAAAAUGUGUGACAUUGCACAAGAUCUUUACCCUCCCUCCUCCAUGUCACAAACUGUCAAACUUUCUUAGACACUCUUUCUGGAGCGUGACAUACUUUAUGGAUGGACCCUAUACUAUUACUUAUUAUUACUACUAUUACUUUGACUAAAUAUUAAAAGUUGUAAAAGACAAGACUCAAAAGGACAGCUCGUCAGCUAGACCUUAUAAAUAACUUGGUGAACUUGAAUCUCUUUGAAGUAGGCUACAACUAUAAUUCAUGGGUUUUCAAACUUUUAUCUUAUUCUCCUUAGUUUAGUAACUAAUUUAGUUUAAUUUAGGGCACAAUAUUAAAAUCAUUAUGGUCUUUAUUGAUUUAAAUAAAUGGAAAUGUUUUUUUUACAUAUAUUGUAUAUAUAUAUUGUACAUAUUCAUUUUCAGCACAUAAAUAAAUUCACAUUUUUAACCAAGACAACAUUUUACAAUUAUAAGAAUUUAACCACAAGAUGUUUUAAGUAUUUCUCUAGCAUAGAAAUGAAUACAAGUGAACUCCAUUAGUGACAAUAAUGACUUAAGUUGUGACUAUUUAGAUUUGGUCAUCGCUGGGAAAAGCAUGGUGGUAAAUUCAUUCAGAGUGGGGAACAACAUUUUUUUUAUAUCUUUCGGUCCUAACUUUAAGAGAAAGAAUUCAUCCUGAUCAAGCUGAUCUUAGGUAUUUGUGGAUAAGUGGGAGGGAUGUAUCAUCAAAAAAAUUGUUAGUUUACAACAGCAUUUUCCUUCAAAUUAAAUAGUUCUUCACGUGAAGGCUGUUUAGUUAGUGUGAUAUGACUAGCUUUCUUGAUUGGUUAUUUAAUAGGUGUUUGAUGUCAGAUCAUGAAUACCCACACCAGCACGUAAUACUUGUUUAGUAGGAUUUAAAUUGUUGCACAUUGUUGAAUAAGUUUAUAACUUGUCAGUUUACGCUGAACAUUGUUGAAUAAGUUUAUAACUUGUCAGUUUACGCUGAAAUUGUACAGUUUUUCAAGAUAGAAAAGUCUUUGGUUGACUUUUUAUAUACAAUCAUGGUCAUGUUCAUGCCAUGACAGCUUAUUAUUAAUGGUGUCACCAUUAAUAAUAAGCUGUCAUGGGUUCUAUGUUUUGAUUAUUUAUUAUUAUUAUUUAUUAAAACUGCUAAGGUUAAGUGUAUGUGCAAAACAACGUAGCGAUUGUCCAUUAGGAGGUCCGCAGAGAUGUGUGGACGGGGUAUUAGUUCAAAUCCGAACAAGGGGGGUGAGGUUAAAGGGUCUUGUGGAUGUUUGCAACCUAACUGUUUUUUAUACACUGCUUUAGGCCCAUUGCAUGUGUUCCUCUAUGGCUUAUCUAUCGGCGAAAUUAAGAAAAAAAAUAAUCAUAAACAACCAAGAAUUUAGUAAAAAUUUCACAAAGGAGAUUUUUCUUAAUAUUGCGUUGCCAUUUGUCCACAAAAGUAAACAAGCACAUUUUUUCUCCAGUUAAAGUUAAUCAAGUUAAUCAUAUUUUCUGCUGACCACACCCCGCCCUGGGUACCAGUACACAUAAUCUCCAAAAUCAACAACCCCUCUCUCCUUCAGUGCGUACUUAAUCAAAUGAUGAAUCCAUAUCAUACUGACUUAGAAGCUUAAAUCUAGUGACUAUUUGCUUUUUAUAAUCGUCAUUAUACUUUCUGGCAUUUAGUACUGUAAAUUUCUGUAAACACAUGCAGACAUCUGCAACUAGCAGAGGGAGGGUAAGCCACAUGUGGACAAGAGGGAGUGGGGGGGGGGGUAUAAAAAAUGUCUAUUUUAUACAGACGUCCUUUAUGGGAAACCCCUUAACUAUAUAAAGUCAUGACGCGUGUGUUUUUUUUUUUAUUAAACAUACACAUUUUUAUGUUAUUUUAACAAUACCGAAUAAUUACAUGAACUACCAAACCUUAGUUUUAAACCCUUCAUUAAAAUUAAAUCAUCAAUAAUUUUUAAUUAAAAUUCUUGUUUGUCUUAUGUCAGUCACUUGACAGCACUUGUAGAAAAGCCUUUAAAACAAUGAAAUUUCAGUAAAUUUCUGAGAAGCUAGGAAACUGAAAUUUGGGUCUCCAUAUUGUGUAUCUUAACAUAAUUAUUGCUUGUAUUAUGUGUCAUUCAAUUAGUAUGUAAAGUGUAAUAUUUAUUUUAAUAUCUCAACCACUAAAUUAAAUGAUAUAAUUGUUAUUCCACUUAAAUUAUGUUGGUAGAAUUUUUUAUUUGCUUGCCUUUAAAAUUAACUUUUUAAUAUCCAGUGUAAUGAUGAUUUCAGUCGGGUCUUAUGUUGACAUUCAGCUCCUGUGUUCCCUUAAAAACCUCUUUGUAUGGACAUCAGCUGUGAACUACUGGUAUAUCCAUCAUAAGACACUGGUUAGACACACUGCUUUAAAGCCACUGGUACAUAUUUUAGACUACAUUAUAAAUAUGAACAAUCGGUUGCUGAGUUGGCUUAUUAAGUGAUCAAGUAAUUUUGUUUAUUUUGUACCCUUGUUACUUAGCUGUUAAGGUUUCUUCAAAACCUUUUAGUCUUUUUAGUUUUCAUUUGUGCCUCUAAAAUUAACUUAUACAGUUUUGAGUUAAAUUUGAUUGAGAAACAAUUUAUAAAUGGUUUACAGAAUUAAAGUUAAGUUCACCAAAUACAAUUUUUUUUUAUAUUACACAGGUAAAUCUUUAAGAAGAUGUCUGUUUGGCCUUAUACAGAAAGAGCAAUUUUGGAAACUCUUGUGGCAAUAGACAAUGAGCUGCAUGAAGAUGAUGUAAAAAGCCUCAUAUUUUUAUCAGAGCCCUCUGUGCCCAAAAAAUAUGGCUCAAAAUUUAAAACAGGCCUUGAAUUAUUUGAGGCUCUAGACAAGAGUAUAAAACUAUCUCAACGCUUUUGUGUACUGGUGGAAUUACUAAAUGUAAUUGGACGUGUAGACCUUGCUGAGAAAGUUAAAUAUGAUCUAAAUGUUAAUUGUAAUGGCUAUUGUGGUGUUACACACGUCUGUCCAUUUCGUGUUUUACUCUUUCAUCUCAGUGAAGAGCUGGGAGCAGAUGAACUUAAUAGUCUCAGGUGUGUAGCUUAAUUAAAAAUAUAAUUUGCCUAAAAGUGGUGUUAAAUAAUUGUUCAACAAGAUAAAUUUCAAAAGAUAUGUCAUGGCUUUACAAAAAACACUACACUUGAUAUAUGCAUAGCUAAAUUAUGAUAUCUCCACUUCAUUCCUCAGGUAUUUAUAUGAAAAAUUGCCUAAGAAGGCAAGCAUAGAGAUGGGAAUCGAUUUGUUCUCCAUUAUGCUCCAACACAUGACUUUGACACCACAGAAUUUGAUCAAGUUGGAGGCUAUGCUUCACGCUAUAAAAAGAAAUGAUCUCCUUGAUAAAAUCAUUGAGUAUAAAAGUAAAUGAAUAUUUAUCUUUCUUUAAAGUUGAUUGAAUCCUUAAAAACUACAUAACAAAAUAUGUUAAUUAUUCUUGAAAAUGAUGAAUAAAUGAAUGCAAUUAAUUUUAUUUAUGCUAUUUUUUUUUUUUUGAAAGAAGAAAUAUUUUUUUACAAAUUUUAUGAUUUUUUAAUACAUAGAAGAAGAAAAAAUGCCCUAAAGAACAUUUUUUUAGACCAGAUAGCAAAAGUUUUAUGAUUAUUUUAAAAUUGAAAUGUAAGUCACAGACAAGGAUUUUAAGUUGUUAAAAUGUAUUUGUUGACAGAUAUAUAGGUCAAAGCAGCUUUUCCUUGAACCUAAAAUACAGGUACAGAUGCAGGUAGCUUGUGUCUGAUCUGUGCUUUCCCAUUUUUGGGUCCAUUGGUACUGAAGGCAAUUUUUGCUUUCCUUGCUGUGCGCUUUCUUUGGGGAUGAGUAAUACAUUUUCACCCUGAAAUGUGCUCCAACAGAGAGUCUGCCAGAUCAGCUUGUGCAAUACAAAGUUAGUUUCUCACAUGAGCUCAGGUCGAUGUCUAUGGAUUAGAGAGACUUUUAUGUAAUCUUUGAAGCGUUUUUUUUCUGCCCACCGCUGAGAGUUUCCAUUUGGAAAGUUCACAAUACAUUGUUUGUUUAGGCAGUCUGCUUUCUGGCCUUCUCACAACAUCCCCACCCCAUCUGGCUUGUCCUUUUUUUGUAAGAACCUGUGUUUGCUAAAUAUUCAUGUGUAAUAACACCAUAAAGGUUGUCAAAAAUAGUAUUAUUUCCUAGGGCCCGUUAGGCUAACUGAUAUUGUCCUUGUCACUUCAGGGCAUAGCAGAAACAGUUAUCCUUCAUCAGCACAGGUAUGUCUAUUUCGCUCAUCGUUUAUUUUUAUACCUAACAAAGCAGCCUUUUAUGUCACUAGCUUUUUUAACCAAAAUUAAGUAUUGCGAUGUCAUUCUCAAUUCAUCUAUUUUACUUUUCACACAACUAUACUUAUAUUUUUUUUCCUUAAAAAAACUUUAUGCAUAUUUAUUAAAAAAUCUUGGAAUUAUAACAAUUUUGACAAAACUUUCUUAAAAAACAGGGAUAUGAUUCAGUCCCAGAUGAAUGUUACCACCAAUGCGUUUUAGGUAAUUUAAUAGAUUUACUCUUUUUAUUUUAUUUUUAAAAUACAAAAUCUUGUAUCUAUCUCACUAUUUACUUUUUUUGUAUUAAUUUUUUUAGAAUAAUGAAGUGAUGUUCCAUAUAGUUGAUGGUUGUUGUCAAACUAAGUAUUUAAAUAUGCUAUUAAUAAAGUUAAAAUAUAUUUUAAAGCUGUCUGUGAGCACUUUUUUUGUUGAAAUGUUUAUGGACAUAAUUUAAGUAACAUAAAUUUUCUUCUUAUAUUUCUAUUUCAGAAAGUUCUGGAUCAAGUCAACAAUUGGUUUGUGAACUCAUUUAGUUGCUUAGUUUACAAUUACAGAGUCAACUUGAAUAACUCUAUCGUAGAACUUUCUUUUUUUUUUUAUGCAGAACACUAUUGUUAACAACCUUGGCUAUCAUAGCAUAGAUCAUCUAAGAAAUUCAACCUUGGUAAAGCGUGCCACCCUGGUUAGUAGGGUGGGUCCCAAAAUUAACCACAACAACAUGGCAUAUCUCCAAUGGUAUUUUUCAAUUCAAGCAUAACUGACCUGUAAACAGAAUUGUGCCAGGGAUAUUUGCUGUGUGCAAUUUUUUCAAAGUAGUUUUUUAAUUUGAAGAGAAGUAUCAGCAUAGGCAAUUGAAAACCAAGUUGACAAGAAUGCUGCUUAUAAGUUAGGUGCAUAUUACCUUCAAUGAUUUCAAACAUCCUCUCAGUUAUAAAGCUAAACUAUUAAAUGAAGGCCAAACACUUUUUUUUUAACAUCCCUUAAUAGUCAGAUGAUCUAGAGAAACCAACAGAGCCAGUUGACCUACCGAUGAUAACAACUGAACUAACAAACUGGGAUGAAGGUAUGUGUCCUAACUUUUAUAUUUAAAUUUUUCGAUAUGGGGUAGCAUUUUUUGUUGCUGUAAGAAAAAAAUUAUUUGUUUUUUAUAACGACACUGUCUGAAGUCACUUGAAGAAAACAAACAUAAUAAGUGGAAGCUUGCAUUGGUAAAAAAAAAAAUAAAAAAUUCCUAAAUUGUACUUUGUGCCUGCUUCACCUGGCUUCAUCCUUUAUUGAUGUGUUGUCUUGUUACCUUUAUGGCAGACAUGCCAGGAGCAUGUGAGAGUUCAGGAAGUCUAUCAAGCGCUGAACCUCAAGCUUUAACACCAGAUCCUGUACACUUUCCUACAACACUCCCCCAACUUGCAUGUGAGUCAUGGUCUCAAAUUUAUUUUCAGCAAAAGUUUUCUGUCAUGUUUAUUAUGGUAUAUAUACCUGCAAAUGUGAACAAUUGUCUGGCUUUUGAACAAGACUUUGCAUAUUUGAGUUUUAUCCAGAGCCUUAGCCAGCUAUUGGUAUGUAACAAAUAGAUAGGCAUAAAUGGAGGAGGUGAGCCUCAAGUUAAAAACUGAAGUCUUUAAAAAAAGGCUGCCAGUCUGGUGUGGGAUAAAAAUCUGUCAUGUUGAUGACGCGUGGCCUUACCAUUUUAGCCACAAUUGCUGAAAUAAAAAUCUGUUACAUAAACAAAACCCCCCCCCCCCCCCCCCUUAAAAAAAAAAAAAAAAUUUUUAAAUUCUGCAAACUUUUCAUUAUGAAUAUUUAUGACAAGACUAUGAUUUGGUGCUUUGUUAUUAUCCCUAAGCAUAGAGAGAGAGCACAUCAGUUAGCCGCAUUAAACUGCCUUAUAUUGAAGAUUUAGAUUACCUGGUAGUUAAACGAAAUGUUUGUUUUUUGUCAGGUGGGAAACAUAUUUUUAAAAUGACAUCACGUUUAAAAAUACAGAGAAAUCAGUGGAUUUAGCAUGUCAUCUAUCAUAGAUAGAUUACGAUUUACUUAUUUUACUAUAUAAGUGGUUAUUAUCAUCGGUUGCUGUUUUAUAAAGAUUCUCGCUCCAACAGCACCUGAUUUGCCCAGUCACAUAGCAUCUCAUUUGCCCAGUCGCACAGCAUCUCAUUUGCCCAGUGCCACAGCAUCCCAUUUGCCCAGUGUCACAGCAUCCCAUUUGCCCAGUGUCACAGCAUCCCAUUUGCCCAGUCUCAACACUCAUGACUUUUAUGAGGCUCCAGAAUGUUACAGGAUGGAUCAUAAUCCCAGAGGUACAUGUUCUUAGCCACAAGUUAGCUAAAAUGGGGUUCAGCCAGGCCUGUUUAUUAAUCAGAUCAGCCUAAGUCCUAAGCUACUAAUAGUGUGACUUGCAUUUGUCAAGAAUUGAUUCAAAACUUGAUAUGUCUGAGAUUUAAUAUUCAGCAUUGUCAAGUCUUACAUCCAGUUGAUCCCAGUUUCUUUGGGAAUGUCUUCUUCAAAGUUUUUAGAGCUCUUCCUUGAUUCCUCUUUUCCUUUGGUUUCAUUCAAUUGAGAAAUUAGCUGUAGAUUGAUGUGGUGGGUGUAGGCUGUGCCUUACUAUGGCAGUUCUGGUUUGUUCACUGCUAUUUGCACUGUGAAUGGAGUAGCUAUUUGUGAGGGUCUCUUUUUCUAAAUGUCCAAGGAAUUUUUCAUUCCUUACAUGAUCACAAUGGCUGAUCCCAAUUGUCUUUCUAAGGUAACUUUGAUGGAAAACAUUCUGGGCUUUUUUUUUUUAAUCAUUGAAUAUGUCUUGCUGGCAUUAAAGACAGUUGGUACUGUGCUUCAGAUAUUUAAACUCAGUUUAAAUUGUAUUAAUAGAUUUUUGCUCUGAUUAAAAUAAAACACACCCUUUGAAAUUUUACUUAUCUUCCUCCCAACACUAAUCCAUACAUCUAUUUCAAUAUUGUCAUACAGCAGAUAGUUCUGUAUUGGAAGUAAAUUUAUUGACUUCAAGAAUCUUAUCACAGUCUUUGCUCUUCACUUUUUCUUUGAAUACCGGUACAUGAAAAUUUUAAUAGGUCUUUAAAGCAAGCUAGUUCUCUCUAAUGGAGGACCAUUUUUGAUGCUGAAAUUUUCAUUUUUAUAAUGAAGUGGUCAUAAAGCUGAAUAGAAAGAGGGAAAUGAUGCAGCCCUGUGAUACACCAGCCUCAAUAUGAAAGAAUUCAGUUUGUCCAAAGCCUGUUUUGCCUGUUUUUUUUGGUGUUGGAUUAUGGCGGAGGGCUUUAAGAAGCCCCUUACCUUGAUAUUUCAGCACCAUUUUCUAAAGUGAUUCCCAAUAAAUACAGUCAAUAGCAUUUUUGAACCCUACCAAGUUUUUGUUUGAAACUUUUUCAUCUAAAUUAAAUCAUUUUGCUCACAUUAAAAUUCACUGUAAAACUAUCACUAUGAGUUAUAUAAUUUACAAUGAAAAUGAAUUCAUUUUCUUACAUAUGUUAAAAGACAGAGCAUGCUGUUUUACAGCCAAUUGUUGAUGUCAAUUCUGCAUUGCAGGAAUCUGUUUGAUCAUUGACAACCAACACUUUCAAUUUAAUCCCAAUGAUGAGGAGGCAGCGCAGUUGGGAGACAGAGCAGGAUCUGAAAAAGAUUUAGGUAUUAUAAAUGUUCUAUUCAGGGUUAAGGGUAGGGUUUCUCAUUUCCCAUGUUUUUGGUUAUAGUGGGAGAACAGUUCAAAAGUGCCUCUCAUCCCGUGAUCAGAUUAAUUCAAUUAAAAUGUCUUGCAAACUGAAUUAAACUAUUCAAGAGAGGGUUUUUAUUAUUGCUUAAUUAUUUUUUUUCAAUUAAGGAAUGAAAAAAGAUUUAAAUGUUAGUUGAGAGGUUGGUCACUUGCAUCUAGUUGCCUCCAUUUCUCCUGCUAAACCCUAGUAAUAGAUGACCAGCUAAUAAAAUGCUUGUUAAGCAAAAGUGGGAUAUGAUCACCAGUAAAAAAUAAUCUUUACACUAUAUAUAAUGUUUGCAUUUUUUACAGCAUGGUUCACACGGUCUUUGACAUUUUGGGAAAUAAUUUUUUUUUAAAUUCCAGGGUCUGGAAAGAUUGGGAAAAUUAGCAAAAAAGUCAAUCUUUGAAAGUUAGUGUAAAAUUAUAAAUUUAUAUUCAAAAGAAAGAAAUGUCAAAAAAGAAAAUUGGCAGAAAAACCUUGAAUUUUUCCAUUCAAACUGACAUGUGCGCAUUUCUUAAUGAGCCAAAAUCCUAGAAGAAAGAAAAGUUUAUUGAUUGGUCGUUAGUUUUCUUUAAGCCAAUCAAAUUAAUAAUCUAAACAAGUGAGCGAUUGCAUAGUAACUUCGCCUGUUUUGACAAGGCUUGCACGUUCUUUGAUAAACAUUUUUGGCCUGCAUUAUCAUUUUCUUUUUGGAUUAGCAAUACACGUGUGUUUUCUACUGAAAGCCUAGAAAUCUGUUGAACAAAUUAAAUAUGCCUGGAGUUUCUUCAUAUAAGGGUCACUUUGCCUACAUAUACAUGUGGUCGUGAUUUUAAAACGCUUGAGAGCUUGUGUAACAGAGCUACCGCACUUAAUAAUUCAGUGCAGUGAACUAGAUUUGCCUAAUUCUGGUUUAUAGCAAAAAUCUGUGACUUGCUGUUAUUUUUAAAAAACAAGAAAAUUUUAUUCCCCGAAAGGCUUUUGUUUACUAAAAAUCACGUGGGCUCCCGGGAUCCAGCUUGAGUAACCCUAGUUAUGGAAUAUGUAAUUUUUAGUCAGACUCUUACAAUGCCAAUUAAAAGUUAAAUUAGAGCUUUUUAUUUGAAAAGUAUUUGUUCCUUUCAAGUGUCCAUUUAUUUUUAUAUUUUUUUUACAUACCUUUGAAAAUCAUAUGAGUGAUUUUUAAACAUAAUGGUUUUGGUUUUCAUUAACCUCAUGUAACUGCUUAAUCUGUGGUUCCUGGAAUUACACAAAGCUAACAAUUUCAAAUGCAGCUUUGUGUCGAGGUGAAUUUUAAUCUAUAAAAAUUGGUGGAUACUCAAUUCACUUUUUAUAAAUUAUAUGUACUUUUAUUUUUAAUUCAUAAAUGGGAGAGAAGGCAAGACUGCCUCAUCCAAAAUAAUAAAAUGUGGAUGCAUAACAAGACGUAAUGUCCCAAUAUUUCCAUAUUUUGCACACCUUAGUAAAGGGCUUAGAUUUUAAUGCAAAAUUAUUAUUUUACUCUAUUUGGUGUUGUUUUCUUAUUUCUAUGCCCGGUUGAUAAAUUUAGUUAAUUUUAUAGCUUAUACUCUGUAUUUUUUAUUUUCGCAACUAUUAAAAAAAGUUUUAAGUUUAAAUUAAAAUUAACUCAAAGCGAAGAAAUUCAACUUCAAAUUGAUAAAUGCUGGUGUACCUUACUCCAUUUUUUUUUUUUUAAAUUGUUUUUUUUUAAAUUGUUUUUUUUAUUUAUUUCAGAGGCCCUUUAUAAUAGUUUUUGCAAGCUAAAAUUCAUUGUGGAAAUAGCCAAAGAUUUGACAGACACCGGAAUAAUUGCUAAAGUUAAGUCUGUGACGUCUUAUGAUCAUAGCAAUUAUGACUGUUUUGUUUGCUGUAUUCUGUCACAUGGGGGUGAAGGCUUCAUUUUUGGAACAAACGGACGGAAAGUUUUAAUCACAGAUAUUACUGGACAUUUCAGGUACACAUUUCAGCUAGUAUAAAUACUUUUGAUUCAACACAUUGAUAAAAAAAAAUUUCCUGGAAUAUAGAAUACAACAAUUACUACAUUGAUGACUUAAUGCAUAUCAUUUCAACCUAGAAAUGGUUACCUCAUACAAAUCAAAUAGUCUGAAGGCCAUAUUGUAUUGUCUAGUCCAGGGGUGGGCAACCUAUUUUGUGCAGAGGGCCACACGGAGAUAAAAAAAAAAUGAUCCAGUUCAGAGCAGAUCCUGCGGGGCACAUUAAAAUUUCAGCUGGCCUUAUGAAGCCCACAGGCUAUUAGUUGCCCACCCCUCAAAAAUAUGGGAGUUAAUUCACAGGGUUUCAUCUCCCAGGGGUUGGCAAGAGUGGCUAAAGAAAGCUUUAAGCUGUAUUGAAAUCGACCAAGAGCGAAUGAUAAUUCUGUGUGUCAUCUAAUGCUUUCUUGUCUAUCUCAGGGCUCAGUUCUGUCCCACACUGGCGGGUAAACCAAAAUUAUUUUUCUUGCAGUGCUGUCGUGGAAAGUCACAUCAACAAGGUGAGGUUUAUUUUUUGUUGAUCUAAAAAUGUUUGUCGAAAAUUAAGCUUUGAUUGAGGAACGUGCCAAUGAGCCACAAUUACACUGUACACGCAGGAAUUUUUUUAAAGCCAAAAUUUAAUAAUGGCCAAGGGCUUUUAAUGUUCACAACUAAUAGUUACCUUGUAAACAAAAAUUGAUAAAUGUGAUCUCAAACCACUCUUCUACUCUUGAGUCCUGCAUGUGGACAUUCAAGGUGAUUCCCUACACUUGUAUCGUCUAUGUUUGGAAACAAAACAAAUUUUUGUUGAAAUAUCAGUCUUAUCAUUAUCAGUGUUAGUUUUAGGCUUAGCAAUGAGUUGGACAAGCACCAAUAAAAACGGAUUGAAAUUUGAUUCAUGAAGACAUUCUAACGGCAAACUGACAAUGAUUAAUUUAAAACACAGCCCACCCACCUCUCAAGCCACCCAUGUUUGAAACGGAUGCUCCUCAACUAGUGAUCGAUGAUGAGGAGCUGAUUCCCAGUGAAGCUGACUUCCUGUUCGGGUAUGCAACAGUUGCUGAUGCUGUGUCCUACCGCAGUCGGUCAAGUGGGACAUUUUACAUCAGUGAACUGACCAAAGCCUUGGACAGCUAUGCACACAGGUGAGAAUAGAAUGGCCAUAGAUUGUAUUAUUAUGGCUAAGGUGAUCACUGCCAGAAGAUGAUUUGAUUUAUGGUUUAAAUUUUUAUUAUCUGUGUUACUGAUAUUCCCAAAAAGAAAAGCUUUGCAUCUGAAAAAAGUGAAAAUCUUUGUAUGGAAAAAUUAAAAUUAUAUUAUUGACUUUAAAGAAUCUGAGUAUACCUUUUGUCAAUAGAGAGAGAUAGAGGGGGGAUACUAAUACUAGUAAAUUCCCCCCCCCCCCGUGUUAAUUGUUUUCAGCUUGUGUCCAUCUUGUUUUACAAAUGAGUUAGAAUUAGAACUUUAGGUUUUCAUUUUUUGUAAAAAGUCACACCACCCACCAACUACAACUACAAUAGAAAAAAAUGUAUUUCACAUUUUUUUUUACAGAGAGGACUUACUGACACUUCUUACUCGUGUGAAUGAUGGAGUAUCUCGUCGCGUGUACUCUGAGACUAAAAAUGGAGAACACAUCGUGUACAAGCAAAUUCCAGCACCACAGUACACCUUGAGGAAAGUGCUCAAAUUUAAUUAAAGGACACCGAGACAAUUCUAAGUUACUGUGUGAGAGUGUUGUGGAAUGCUCUACAACUCUCAACUGUAUACUCUUUAUCCCACUGACUGUCACAACAGAUUUAGCUGCUUUUGUGGUGUUAUGGCUGUAAUAUCAGCCUCUACUAAAAAUAUUUUUAUUAGCAUGAAUCAGAAAUUUGUACGUUAUUUAAAGGAGAAUACUCUAAGAAAUUAUAGAAAACUAAGGUAAAUAUCUCAUGUGAUCAUUUAAAAAAAAAUUUUUUAUUUUGAAUCUAGCUGAAAUUUCAGUUUUUUGUUUUUUUUGUUAAAGCUAACUUGUAGGACUCGGAUGUUGGCCCUGCCUAGCUUAUUUGAAUUAAUUUCUUUAUGAAAGUGAUCUUGAAUAAAGUUUUGUUGGCCUUACUCAUGGUAGUGAUAAUCAUGAUAAUGGAACAACAACUUGUAACAGUUCAAGUUCUAAUAGUGGAAGAAGUGGAAAAUAAUGUACUAAUGAAUAUAAUGGGCAUUAUAUGAAAAAAAUAUGAAUUUUUUUUUAUUUCUAUAAACCCAAGUAACUUGAUUAUUUCUAAACUGAAAGAAUAAUAUAUGUGUCUGAUAAACGUAUUUAUUUAGAUAAGAAAAAGGACCCAAAGGUCAGUGUGGGGGUGAGUUGAAGAUAGAUAAACGGUAGCAGUAAACCAUCAAUGGAAGCAGCUAUUACAUUGGUGAGAUGAGCAGGAAAUGUGAGAGGCAAUGAUUAGCUGGUAUGAAGACCAGCCAGCCAGUCUUGAGACUUAUUAUUGGAUUGAUGGAUCGACCUUUUGUCUUUGCCAUAGCACUCAGGGCUGAUUGGCCCAGCCAUCUCAUCAGGGUUAUGACUAACUUACGUUUAAACUCUGUUGGAUGUAUCCCUUUUAAUAAAUCAUCCUAAAUGAAGUUUUGAAUCUUUGUAUGCACGUAAGUUACUGGCCAUAUUCUGCAUAAUGUUGGCAAGACAGAAUUGGUUCACAUUAUUUAUUGCCUAACUUUCUUUCCAUUACAUUUAUUUGGUAAAAUCAUAUUUGAGGCUAUAACAUUAAACUCCCAGGCAAUGUUGAUAUUUUAUUGAGUUCCAUAUUUACCAGAUGAAACAUAUAACAAGUGUUAGAAGGAAAAGUGAUAUUGUUUUCUGGUAAUAUUUUUGUUCAAUAUUAACAAAUUUUAAAGUGACUUUGCUCUUUAACCUAGGCAUAAAACUAAAAACUGGAAUUUAACGACUCUUUGCCUUCCACUGAGCAGAGUCUAACUGCCCAAGUGUCAUGCCUCAUCACCUUUCCCCGUCCCAUCCCAAAAUCCUAUGGUUAGGACCCAUAGUUAUUGUAAGUGAAGGGGUGGUGGUGGUGUUUUUUUUAAAUCAUUUUUCCCCCCUCACUCACCAUCCCAACCCCACUCUCUUGACCCUUGCAUGCCGGAGUUGUAACUCUGUAGCAUCAACUCGAAUGUGACCAUACAGGUCAGCACAAGGAAGACUGAAUCGGCCGAACGAAAGGGUCACAUGUGUCAACGAAAUGUGUACACAGCGACAAGCAAACCCCAUGGAUUUGCUAGUAGAAAGAAUGCAUUAUUUUUAAAGACCCAUGCCAUGGAAGAAAUAAUUUGUAAACCAAUUUUGUUAUUUUGUAAUAAUAAUAAAUAUUGUUUCCUAUAUAAGAUAAGAUAAGAUUCUAUUAUUGAUCCAAACAAAUGGAAAUGUUUUAUGAUUGCAUUAUACAUUUUCAGCACAUAAAUAAAUCAAUUUGAACACAAGACAUUUAUAAUAAAUUAUUUCAAACAGCCAUUCAGUGAGUUCUCUUAGCCAAAUUGGGGACUUAUUAGUUCUCAUUAAGAAGUGUGAGUUCAGAGGGAGCAUGCUGGUAAAUUCAUACAGAUUGGGGAACAAAAGAAUUUUAUAUCUUUCAGUCCUCGACCUGAUGGAAAGAAUUCGUCCCGAAUGGCCCGAUUCUAAGUAUCUGUGAUGAAGAGGGUGGGAUGUAUCAUCCAAAAUUUGUUUAGUUUUACAAUAACCUCUUUCUUCAAAUAGUUCUUCAAGUGAAGGAUGUUUAGUUUGUGUUAUGUUCCUAGCUUUCUUGAUUAGUCGGUUUAUGCGGUGUUUAAAAUGAGACGUUGAAUUCCCACACCAGUAGGUUAACGACUUGCUUGUUUACGCCGAAAUUGUACAGUUUUUUGAGGUAUCUUGUUACAUGUGUACUUUGUCCUUCAUUUAGUAAUGUGAAACAUAUUGGACUCAUUUACACUACAGAAUGUUUGAACUUAUGUAUUUAAAAUAAAUAUAAAAA